UAGACAGAACGGAGCUAAUACUACUGCAUUCUGACGAGCCAGGGAUCGCACAGCGGCGCCAACACACACUGGGCUCACAGUGCAGUGCCAUGCCGGAAGCACCGAGCGCCCAGCCGGUUCCUGCCUCCGGCUACGCCCCGGGGGCGCACCAUCAGGCGCUCGAAUUCAUUGAGCACGUUACAGCCAACGCCGGGAAGGUGCAGCGGCGCAUCCUCGCCGAGAUUCUGGCGCAGAACGCGCCGGCCGAGUACCUGCGCCGAUACGGCAUCCCUUGCAGCUCCCUGGAUGCCGUCGACGCCUUUCGCCGCUGCGUCCCGCUUGUGACCUACGAGGACCUCCAGCCGGACAUACUCCGAAUCGCCAACGGCGACACCUCCCCUAUCCUGUCCGGCAAGCCCAUCUCCGAGUUCCUCACAAGCUCGGGCACGUCCGGAGGGGAGAGGAAGCUCAUGCCGACUAUCGCCGACGAGCUGGACAGGCGUUCGCUGCUGUACAGCUUACUUAUGCCGGUGAUGGGCCAGUCGUUGCCCGGACUCGACAAAGGCAAGGCGAUGUACCUCCUCUUCGUGAAGGCGGAGUCGCGCACCCCGGGCGGGCUCGCCGCGCGGCCGGUGCUAACUAGCUACUACCGGAGCCGGCAGUUCAUCGAUCGGCCGCAUGACCCCUACACGUGCUACACGAGCCCCAACGAGGCUAUUCUCUGCGUCGACUCCUACCAGAGCAUGUACGCCCAGCUGCUCUGCGGCCUCGUGGACCGCGCCGACGUGCUGCGCGUCGGCGCCGUGUUCGCCUCGGGCUUCCUCCGCGCCAUCCACUUCCUCCAGAAGCACUGGCCGCGCCUGUGCCACGACAUCCGCACCGGCGAACUCGACAAGGAGAUCACCGACCGCUCCGUGCGCGACGCCGUCGGGAAGCUGCUCCGGGCCAACCCGGCCCUCGCCGACGAGAUCGAGGCCGAGUGCUUGAAGCCGUCGUGGGAGGGCAUCAUCCCACGCCUGUGGCCCCGCACCAAGUACAUCGACGUGAUCGUGACGGGCGCCAUGUCGCAGUACAUCCCGACGCUGGAGUUCUACGGCGCCGGCCUGCCGCUCACGUGCACCAUGUACGCCUCUUCGGAGUGUUACUUCGGCCUCAACCUCAACCCCAUGUGCAAGCCCGGCGAGGUCGCCUACACCCUCAUCCCCACCAUGUGCUACUUCGAGUUCCUCCCGGUCGACCAUUGCAGCAACGCCAAUGCCGAGCCAAGCCACCGCGACCUCGUCGAUCUUGUCGACGUGAAGCUCGGUCACGACUACGAGCUCGUCGUAACCACCUUCUCUGGUUUGUGUCGGUAUCGCGUGGGCGACGUGCUGAGGGUGGCAGGGUUCAAGAACGAGGCGCCAAUGUUCAGCUUCAUGCGGCGGCGGAACGUGGCGCUUAGCAUCGACUCCGACAAGACGGACGAGACCGAGCUGCACACGGCGGUGAGCAGCGCGGUGCAGCACCUGGCGCCGUUCGGCGCGUCGCUGGUGGAGUACACUAGCUACGCCGACACGGCCGCCAUCCCAGGCCACUACGUGCUGUUCUGGGAGCUGCGCGCCGGCAGCACGGCGGUGCCGGCCUCCGUGUUCGAGGAGUGCUGCCUGUCCGUGGAGGAGGCCCUCAACAGCGUGUACCGGCAGUGUCGCGCCUGCGACAGGUCCAUCGGCCCACUCGAGAUACGCGUCGUCUCCGAAGGCACCUUCGACAAGCUCAUGGACUACGCGCUCAGCCGCGGCGCCUCCAUCAACCAGUACAAGGCGCCGCGGUGCGUGCGCCCCGGGCCGGUCAUCCAGCUGCUUGACGCGAGGGUGCAGGCCAAGUACUUCAGCCCCAAGUGCCCAAAGUGGAGCCCCGGAAACAAGCAAUGGAACAACAGCAAAGAGCUGGUGAGUAAUGGAGGUGUCUAGCAAAGCCCCAGCUUAUGGGUUGGAGGGAUAUGCAUGGCGCGCAUCAUGAUCGAUGUGUUCCAGUAGGGGCUUAAGAUAUUUCGGAUUUCAACUUCUGAGACAGUGAGGAAAUAGUUAAGAAAUUAUGACUUAAUUAGCUAGGGUACCUACGUAUGUCUUCUUUUAUAUUUGUAUUUUUCUCUUUUUGAGUCGUCUGUUAUGUGGAAGCAGA